AUGCCUCGCGAUAACCUCAUUUAUCCAACAGCUAGUGGGGACUACUUCUGCAUCCCGUGCGAUCGAUUCUUCGUCAGUCAAGCCGCUGCCGCCGCACAUUGCGCAAAUGCGGCCGCUCACAGAGGAGAGUGGUGUCAGAAGUGCGAAUGGCUCUUCGUCGAUGAUCAUGCCCUCACCCAACAUCAGGAGGACUCCAGUCGCCAUGCCGUCUGCCACUUGUGCCCUCUCGACUUGGAUUCGGAUACAGAUUUGAGCGCACAUCAGACAGCUGUACACUUCCUGUGCCAGGACUGUGGAAUCGAGUCGCCCAGCGCCUGGCACCUUCAGUUCCAUAUGGACUAUCUGCACCCGAAUCGCGAUGUCAGUGUCAAUCAAGCUCAUAACAACCGAAGGUACAUCGACAGCUCUGGGGAGGACUCUGCGUCUGACACGAGCACUCAGAAUGGGGAUUUUGAAUGUUACGGCUGUACGGCUGGCUUUGACGACACGAUUUCAGUCAUGAAGCACUUGGAGAGCGGCGCUUGUGCCAGCGGCGUCACGGGCCCUGAAAUCGAGAAGUGGGCUUACGGCUAUUCCAAGAAACACAAGCUCCAGUACGACAACCGCAAAGACGAACACUGGCGCUUCAGAUGUCCAAUUUGUCGCUCCGAGUCAGUUUUCCGCUUCUUCAGUGCUUGGAUGGCCCACAACCUCGCCUGUCACCGCAACAAGAGCCAUCACAAAGUCGACUGGAUCUUGGAGCAUCUCCGAUCAAAGGUCGAAGAGCUCAAUAACUGA